AUGUCCUUUUACGUCGCCCCCAGCCAGCAGCGCACCCUGCGCGCCUGCAUGGUCUGCUCCCUGGUUCAGCUGCACAACAAAUUCAUGCGCGAAGGCUGCCCGAACUGCGACAACGUGCUCGGACUGCGCGGGAACAACGACAACAUCCAAGAGUGCACAUCCCAGGUGUUUGAGGGUCUGAUUACCAUCCGGGAUCCCGUCACAAGCUGGGUGGCUCGCUGGCAGCGAUUAGACAGCUAUGUGGCGGGGACAUAUGCUGUGAAGGUGACAGGAUCGCUGCCCGACGAAGUGAUCUCAAACCUAGAAGAUGCUGGGAUCAAAUACAUCCCGAGAGAUGGCAGUACGGUUGAAGAGGAGGGUUGA